AUGGCCUGGUAUGUUGUUCAUGUUGGCCGACAACCUGGAGUUUACUCCAACUGGGUUCAUGACCAUGCUCAGGUUAGUGGCUACAAGGGUGCUUGCCACAAGAAGUACAAGUCAAGUGAAGAAGCAUUUGCAGCCUUCUACGAUCUUCAAAACAAAGAGGUCAAGCCAACUGCAUCACAUGAACCUGUUGCACCUGAUCCGAAGAAGAUGGAAUUAUCGAAUGUUAAAGAUGCUACCCUUGGUACAUCAAUUGUGCCUUCUCAACAGCCAUCGGCCAGCGAAACCACGGAGGAGGUCGGUCCAAGCAGGAUGCCAAUAAUCGUCGACUCCUCCUCUUCCAAUGAGCCGGUCGCACUAGCUCCUGAACCAAGGGAAGCACUCCCGUUGACGCAAACAGAAGAGAUCCGCUUCAAAGAGGCUCGCGCCGAGUCGGCCAAGAACAAUGGGAGGUUACAAAUGAUGAAAAGGUCGUCAUCCACUCCGCCGACCUGA